AUGGAGCAAAGAAAGCGAGCCCGGCGGGCAACCAGCAUAUGCCUGAAUUUUGCAAUGGUCUUCGAGCGAGCAGACGAAGUCAUCCUACCAGCAAUGUACAAUUUUGUGGCCCAGUCGUUUCAGGCCACCCCGACUCAGCUUGCGACAAUCACCCUCAGCAGAGCGCUCGUGCAAGCUCUUGCCUCCCCUCUUGGUGGUCUGUUGGGGCACUGGUACAACAGGGUGUGGGUGAUCACUGUUGGAUGCAUGAUAUGGGGCUUGAUGACCCUCGGCUUCAGCCUGUCAUCCAAUCUGAUCACGGCCAUCUGCUUCUGGGCAGUCAAUGGGCUUGGUCUGGCCUUGGUUAUCCCAAAUGUUCAGAGUGUGACAGCUGAUUUCUACGAGGAGGAGCACAGGGGCAGAGCAUUUGGGACUCUGCAUUUGACCUCAGCAGCAGGCGCAGCCCUGGGUGGGCUGUAUGCUACAAACAUGGGGGCGACCCACCUCAGUCAAUUUGAGGGUUGGCGGCUGGCAUUCUCAAUACUGGGCUUCAUAAGCCUGGCGAUUGGGCUUGCAAACUUUGCAUUCUCCAAGGAUCCGCGAGUCUUCGAUGGUCAUCCGCCCUCUGCCACGCAGCCUGGAAGGCAAAGCGGCCCGAAAAUGUUAAUGGCAGCUCUGAAAGACAUCAAGUCUGUCAUCACAGUUCCCACCUUUGCGAUCAUCAUUACACAGGGAAUCAUCGGAAAUGUGCCUGGCAUGUCGCUUGCCUUUCUCACGCUGUACCUUCAGCUGCUGGAGGUUUCAAAUUUCAAGGCCAGCCUGCUGGUGUCGCUGAUGAUGCUGGCACAUGCUGGAGGAGGGCAGUUUGGAGGCUGGCUAGGCGAUGUGGCUUCUCGGUGGCUGCCAAAUGCUGGUCGCAUCAUCGUUUGCCAAGUCAGCGUAGUAGCAGGUGCUAUCAUGACGGCCACCAUAUUGAAAGGUCUCCCACACGAGAAUGCUUCUGCGUUCUUUGCCGCCUAUGUUGCAGUGUUCAUGGCAAACGGCGCGCUGAAUGCUUGGCCAGCUCCGGCCUGCAACAACCCCAUUUUUGCAGAGAUUGUGCCAGCACGGCUGCGGACCUUCAUCUAUGCAUUUGACCGCUCUUUCGAGAUGGCUGUUGCGGCCUGUGCAGCCCCAGUCGUCGGAAAGCUGGCCGAGUCAGUGUUUGGGUUUGAGGGAACGGCGGCCAGCACAGGGGACGUUGCACAUGACCUGCGCAAGGCGGAGUCUCUGAGCAAUGCUAUGCUGGUCAUGACUACUGUGCCAUGGGCGCUCUGCUGCGUCGCCUACUCUGGGCUGUACUGGACCUACCCCAGGGACAAGGGGAAGGUCAUUAUUUCUGAGGGCCUACCAGAUACGCGGAGAGGCCGUCUUGUGGAGAGGAAUGGAUUCCUGAGAUUUGAGGAGAGUGGAGAGGGCCCGUCAAAUGAGGGCUAUGACAGCAAGUGGCAGCUGCUGCGCACCAGACCAUCAGGAAGAUGAAGUAUGUUUUCGUCUGUAGUCUUCAGCAGUCGUUCUUCUCAGUUGCACUUGCUUGUAAACUUCUCUGAAGCAUGGGCAUGAGCAUUGUGGGAACAGUCCUAGGAACCCCAAAAUGAAGACUAGCCCCCCGGCUUGUCUCACAGAAGUAUUCAAGGUGUACAUUUCUACAUGAUUGCUGUACAUUUCUACAGAAUGACAGCGUGCUUACUUGGGUGUCCUUCAAGGAAGAAUAAGCUCAAUGACAGAGUGCUGGUCGCCAGGUUGCUGGCUGACGGGGAAAUGGCGUUGGCAUGCAUGCAGUGUUGUGAUUGCUAAUCAGGUUAGGCUGAGCUUGCCCUUGAAGGUAUUCAAAGAUUUCAUUCAGGCUUGUUGAGGGCACUCGGUGUAGCUGAAGUCAGAAAAAGUACCAUGUGAGU